AUACCGUUCGUUUUCUUUGUUAAAAUCAGGCACUUCCAAUCUAAAGGGCGAUCAGCAAUCGCUUUUAUCCUUUUUGGCACCAGCGGGCUCCUGUACUCGGGCAAACCGCUGGUAGCAGACCAACAGUAAACCGAGAACACCUUCACGAACAGUUAGUUUUCCUUAUCGAAAUGGCAUCGUCUGCAAUGAUCACCGUCCCCACCACCGCCUCCCGCUUCGCCCUGCUCCAGAUAGACUCGGAUUCGGACUCCGACGUCUCCGAUGCGGGGAAGCCCACCAGCAAAAGCGGACGGGACUCCUCUGGGAAGCCCCGACAAGGAAAGGCAGCAGGAGCCGGGGGGAAAGCGGGUCAGUGCAACGACAAGAAGAAAGACAAGAAAAAGAAGAAGAAGGAGCAGCAGCAGACUGAGGCUAAUGAGUUGCGUAAUCUGGCCUUCAAGAAGAUUCCUCAGAAGUCUUGUGUCCCGCCUCCCUGUAUGACCCUGUCAGGUAUAGCCAGUGAACUUCUCAGCCCUGCAUCAGGGGACCACAAUAUGCCUUCAGAGGGGUGGCAGCAGUGGAAGCAGAGGGACGAGCAGAUAACCUCUGAACUUUAUGAAGCAGACUUGGAAAAAGCCUUGAUUCUAAGUAAACUGGAAUACGAACAAAACAAACCGAACAACAACACAAACUCCUCGCCAAAGUCUCAAGGAGGAAAAGAGGGAGGAGGGAAGAAGGACAAAAAGAAGAAUCAGCAGGCAAAAGACAAGAAGACAGUAUCGCUGCAAGACUUCCAGGCUGAAGGCAGUGCAGAACAAUUGAAUAAGAAACAAGAGAAAGAGGACGCCAGAGUGGCCAAUCUCGCUUUGGGAAUCGGGCAGGAGGAGCGUUUCUUUAACAAGGUUGAAGAUGACGUCACUCGGAUCAUCCAACAGGAGAGGCGACGUGAGCAGUACACCAACAGCCAGGGACAAGAAGUGAACACGUCCACAGAACACGAACCAGAUCCCAGAGCAGAGCAGCUGAAGUACGAGCUGGAAAAGAAAGACCAGGAAAUUGAUAAGCUAAAGAAGAACAUCUCACAGUGGGAGGGGAAAUACAGAGAGGUGAAACAAAGAAAUUCACAGCUGCUUAAGAUGCUCCAACAGGGAGAAAUGAAAGAUAAAGCAGAACUCCUUCUACAGGUAGAAGAGCUACUACACAUAAAAGAAGAACUGUCUUUACAGGUAGCAUCACUACAUGGUGCCCUUGAACAAGAAAGGUCUAAAGUCAAAGGUCUGCAGUCAGAACAACCAAAACAUCAGGGAAACAAGAAAGGGAAGAAAGGCUCGGAGUCAGAUCUAUGAAGAUUUCGAAUGGAAAAGACCUUAAAAGCAAAAUUAAAUGAGCAAAUGAAGAAAAAGACUUCUGACCAUAAUCAGGGUUCUUUCCUUGUUUUUUUUCUUGUUCUUUUUUUCGUUUUUUAGCUUGGACUACAUGUCAACAUAUAAUGCAUGCCCCCCUAAUUACACACACAGACACAGAGAUGCAGACAUGUACACAUACACAGAAUACACUCCAGAGGCAACAUGAUGUAUUACACAGCUGAACAAAAACUACAGAAGCUUUUUAAAAAUAAUGAAGGUUGAACUGUGGUGAAAACGUGGCUGGGCUCACACUGUUGCCC